UUUGCUGAUUGCAGUACAUUGGACUCCAUAGACACAUCAUUAGAAACUAAUUCAAGAUGGGUAAAGGUGAUCCUAAGAAGCCACGAGGAAAAAUGUCCUCAUAUGCUUACUUUGUGGAAACAUGCAGAGAAGAGCACAAGAAAAAGCACCCUGAUGCCUCUGUAAAUUUUGCAGAGUUUUCUAAGAAAUGCUCAGAAAGGUGGAGGACUAUGUCUAAGGAAAAGACAAAGUUUGAAGAUGUAGCAAAAGCUGACAAAGUUCGCUAUGAGAGGGAAAUGAAAAGUUAUAUUCCACCAAAAGGAGAAACAAAAAAGAGUUUCAAAGACCCUAAUGCACUAAAGAGACCACCUUCAGCAUUCUUCUUGUUCUGCUCUGACUUCCGUCCAAAAAUAAUAGGGGAGCACCCAGGUUCGACUAUUGGAGAUAUAGCAAAAAAACUGGGAGAGAUGUGGAAUAACACUGCUACAGAUGACAAACUGCCUUAUGAACGAAAAGCUGCCAAGCUGAAGGAGAAAUAUGAAAAGGAUCUUGCAGCAUAUAGAGCUUAAAAAAGCCAAGAAGAUGGAACAGACCCUUCUCUGUCGCUCAUGAACUGGAUAAACACACCAAUGGAAGAUGUCAUGAUAUCACUCCACUUAGCACAUGGAUAUGUGAUUGUUGAAUGUAGUUCCGGAACAAGGAAGUAGGAGAGUAAAGCAGACUGAACAGAUUUGUGUCUCUGUGUGCUGAUUGCAAUACACAUAAAACCAAAACAUUACAUCUUGGCCUGAUAUGGUCAACUCC